AUGUAUAUAUUUGGUGGAUAUGAAGAACGUGAACAACGUUUUAGUCAAGAAACUUAUUCUUUUCAUUUUCCAUCAAAUACUUGGAAUAAAUUAAAAACUUUUGGAAAACCUCCUCAAUAUAGAGAUUUCCAUACUGCUUGUGUACUUGAUGGAAGAAUGUAUGUUUUUGGCGGUCGUUCAGAUGAAAGUGGGCAAACACACACAAAUCAUGAUCUCUAUGAUGACAAAUUACACUUUCUCGACUUAAAAUCUAUGGAAUGGAAUGUUGUCAAGCCAUCUAACAAUGACCAACCUUGUGGGCGUCGUUCUCAUACAAUGUGGACAUUUAAAGGAUUUGUAUAUCUUUUUGGUGGUUACAAUUCAAUUUCAAAUGUUCACUUCAACGAUUUGUGGCGUUUUGACCCAACAACGAAUUCCUGGAUUGAACAGAAAGUUUUGGGAAAAGGGCCUUCUCCACGCCGUCGUCAAUGUAAUGUAAUGAUUGGAAAUCGGUUAUUUUUGUUUGGAGGGACAACUCCACAUCCCCGAAGGAGUGCUUUAGAAGAUUUGGGUGAUCUUUAUGUUCUUGACUUCUCCCCAACACUUUCUUCACUUUGUCUUGAAGCUGUACUUAAAUUGGGGUUGAAACAACAGGCAAAAAAUGUUUUACCAGAAAUUUUAAAGUAA